UUGUUAUUUGUCUCAGAACCUUGUGCCGAAGCCCCCACAUGGCCCCAGGCCCAGCCGAGAGGCCAAGAUGGCCAAGGCAGAAAAGAAGGCCAGAGAGGCUAUCAAGGCUAGAAGGGCUAGGGAGGCUAAGGCAGGGGUGAAAAAACCAAGCCACCAAGUAGUUGGUGUAUUGGCACUGCCUCCACCUCUUCUAUCUCCAACAACCAGUUACAGUGAGUAUUGAUCACCACUUCCAAAAAACAUGGAUUUAUUGAUAGAAUUCUAAAAGGAUAUAUGGUGGAAGGACUAUGAGUUAUACAUGUAUGCCCCUUCAAGCAUCACAUCAUACUUGGACUCUCCUCUUUCUGUAGGUGUCCUGCCAGCUAUCAAGAAGGGCACUAAAGUGACUAAAGUGGAGACAACAGGUGGGUGUUGGUGACACAGUGUUUAUUCCUGAUUGCACAACCUCAAUAGAAUCGUUGCUGUGGUAACUAGCUUGUUCGGUGGUAAUUCUGAUUGCCUUAUGUUUUAGAACCCCCAGGUCCCGUGACACCUGAGGACGGGGAGAUAAUGAUCUCCUUUCCAUCUGUUGAUGACCCCCUGACACCAAAGAGUGAUGUCACCUCUGAGGCGGAGCGCGAUGAUGCUUCCCAUCCAAUUUCACCUGAGGAGUUCUCUCUAACAGACUACCUGAAGUCUCACCCUCAGAGAAAGCUUAUCAGGAAGUUCCUCAAACAAAUGGUAAGUUCCCCAUUUCUUCUUCUUUACCGACGGUUAUCAUGGAAAAAAAUUAUCUUGUAACAUAAAACCUUCUAGCUGUCAGUUUGUUGUUUCCUGUUUCUCUUUCUAAGAACAUGACAAUAGGCGACCUGGACGAGGUAAUCGAGUGGGUGGUGUGUGUCUCCAAUGAGGUGUUCCUCCCAGCGAUGACUCUGCGCAGGACCUCCAGUCCAGAGUCGUCAGAUUCGUCCCGCUGGGGGUCAGGUGUGAUCCAGAUCAUCUCGGAGAAGUUCCACCAGCGGAGUUCUGAGCUGAGGAAAAGGCUCCUGGGCGGGCAGCCACCCACUCCCCCUUCUGAGACCAACAAGGAGCUUCAGGGCACAGCAAAUGUGUUUGUGAGUAACAUCCUGAAAAGGGCCAAGGAGGACCUCUUCUCUUCUGGUGAGGAUGACCUGGAGACCACCAAUCCAGGCACCACUCUGACCGUAGAGAGGCUCUCCAGCAUCUUCUCACAGCUGUUCAGGGACGCGUCUGAGAGUGCCCAGGAGAACGCCAGACGCAUCCACCACAUGAGGUCCGGGAGUAGGAACAACAGUCGGAGUAGGAGUCUCACUGGGUCAUCACAGGGAUCGAGCCGGUACAACAUGCCAGAGUUGGCGUUAAACCUCUGUCAGCUGGUAGAGUGCGUGGAUGCUGAACCAAACCCCAUGCUAUCUCUGGAACAUCCAAGUGUGUCCUGCUCUGACAGCAGUGGCCUGCACCCCCUUCCAGAGCAGGGCUGGAUGGAGGAGCAUAUUGGCUCAGCCCUACUAGGUCAGUUGUCCACCAUUCAGGCAGACAUGGGCGAGUUAGAGAACCUCACCAGACCUCUGCCACUGGCAAAUGGAGACGACAGCUCAUCCAAUAGGUCGUCAGGGUCGUCUACUGCCGCAUCUCCAUCCACCUGCUUGUAUUCUCCAGAUGUGGCCUCAGAGGGAAGGGCCCUCUACAGCUGGAGUCGCUCUGGGUCUUCACAGGGAUCAAGAUGGUUCAACCUCUGUCAUCAGGCAGAGGAGAUGGAGAGGUUUGACCUCCAGAGAGACCCACUCUGCUCCAGCGUCAGUGUGGUAGAACUGGGGUCAGUAAGGUGGCCCAAGGGAAGGGGCGUCCAUAAAGCCCUUAGCGAGGGGUCCCUCCCUGUCUUUGCCCUGCUUGGGGAGAGGCCAGGGGAAGUUGGGGAGACAAGCAGCCCUGCUGGGGAGAUGGACGAGACCCAGACUGCCAGCACUCCCAGCAUUCCCAGGUCUGGGCAUGGCGGCAGAAGAAGCAGCCAGACCACCACUCCCACCACUGGCCACAGAGAGGCAGGAGUCACAACCAGUAACAUCUUUGAUGUUAUUAAUCAUCUGACGCACUCCGACACUGACCGGAAACUCAACCAGGAGUUCAGCAGUGAGGAUGAUGUUUCACUGAAUGAUAUCAUGGACAUGAAGUUCACCCCGGCAGUGGAACCCCUGGGGCAGAUCCUGUCCUCAUGGAGGCUGGUCAACAGGAUCUUCAGGAGGAAGGUCCACUACUUUGGGAAGGAGCUCAUCUGCAAGGUGUAUCAGAUGCUUCUGGACACCGGUAUGGGCAGGAAGCCAAUGGCCCGCCAGAGCAGGUCCGAGCCCAUCCUGAAAGACCUGGCUGCCAACCAUAGGCUCUCCAAUGAAUUCUUCACAGAUGUGCUGUAUAUGUUCAUCCAACGGGCCAUUAAGAAUCUGCUGGAGAACUUCUUGGGUCUGCCGACCACCCCACCGGGUAGAGACAUUAUGUGGAAUGACAACUUCAACUGGAUGUUUAGGGAUGGCUGUGGGGACACCUGCACAUCCAGCGAAGAGGAGUUGUGGGACAGUGACUCCACCUGGUCACGUGGGCUUGGGGAGGAGGAGGGGGCAGAGCCUCUUGGGAGGUGGGCCGCUCAGUUGGAGAGGGGCAGCUCCCUGACCCUCCAGUCCUCCGGCUCCCUCUCCGAUGACAACAAGGAGGCACUAGGGGCCAUCUGCCAGGUCCUGACCACCAUGGUGGGAGACAUCCUGAACAGGACCUGCAACGACGAUUACAAGGCCAGGCUCAUCAUCCAGAAAAGGUACAUUUAUAACCUGUUUUACCCAUAUGACCAGUAAUAAC